CUCUAAUCUAACGUUACCUUAUUGCAACGUGAAGACUGUGUUGUAAGAUUUGGCAACGUCUCCAUUCAAAUGAAAUAUUACAAGAAGCCCACUUUAAAAAAUCUGAAAACUAAGACACAUCCUGUGAGGAAAAAUAUGGCAGUAAGAGUGUUUUUCCUGAAGAGAGAGCGUUCUGUAGCAGCUGCCUCCAGGCCAGCUCUUAUCUGCUGCAGCGGGGAGGAUGUGGUCAGUUGCUGGGACACUUUGUUGAUGGGUUGACUGGUUGCUGGUGUCGGGGCUCUGUGGGAUGGAGGUCAUUGUUCCUGUGAGCCCCGGAGUAAAAAAAAAAAAAACGCCGGGUGUUAUGUAGAAAGCCCGUCCUGUCGGGGGGGUGAGGAUGUAUAAUAAGAGCGUGGGGGACUUUAGCGUCUCAAAGUCAGUUUUGUGAAAUUCACCCAAACUGGACGGACUCAAGAAUCAUACAUGAUGGAUUCCUACCCGGACACUCAUUCUGAUUUGGAGGUGAUCUUGGAGUUCCUCGAGGAGUACUACAGACAAAACGCUGGAGAAAUCGCGAGCAAGGUGAACUGGACUACAGGUGAAGGGUCAUGUGACCAACACUGCAUGUGCAACGAGCCACCUCGUUUGCUGGCACACGACGCUCCACAAUCCUUAAGCCAAAAUACAACAGCAUUAUUGUCUGAGCCAAACUUUGUAUCAACAAGACAAGCAUCCAAAGCAGCGGGGAGAGGUAGAAAGGUGCGGCUCUUCCACUUUCUGUUUGAGAUGCUGGAGGACCCAAACAUGGCCCACUGCGUUUCUUGGGUGCCGGCAGCCGCGGGCGUCUUCCGCUUCUCCUCCACCAACAAGGACGAGGUGGCGGCGCUCUGGGGGCAGAGGAAGGGCAACAAGAGGCCGAUGACGUACCAGAAGAUGUCCCGCGCCCUGAGGAACUACGCCCGCUCCGGGGAGAUCUUCAAGGUGAAGAAGAAGCUCACCUACCAGUUCAGCCGUGACACCCUGACCCUCCUGCAGAGGUGUCAUAAAGGAGAUAUGUGAAAAGAACUAAAUGUUUCUGUUUAUUUUUUGUACUUUUUUUAAGUCUUAUAUAAAACCGUAAAUGUAACUUUUGUGAAUUUCUUCUGCCUUUCAUUUUCAACUCAACUGAUUUAAAAAUCACUUUCCUUGAAGUUAAAAUGUAUUUAGUUUUUGUUGUAAAUAAGAAAACAAUAAAGAAAA